GUGUGAUGGCUGCUGUCAUAUCAUUAUUUCUACAUGUGCAUGUAAUAUGUGGAGAGGCUCUGCCUUACCAAGCUCUAAUGUGCAGAAUCAUGAUCAUAAUUACUAUCAUGUAGCAUUGACAGGAUGCAAGAUUUCAUCAAGGCUUUUUUAAAGUGUGAUAUUGCAUUUGUUUUGUUAAAAUUUAAUUUUUUACCUAUUUAAUUCACUUGCAAUCACUGUUCAUUUGUCAUGCAAAUAUGCCAGUACUGCAUUUCAAGCACCCCGACCUUUUCCAGUUGAAAAGAACCAUGUUGGUGGGGAGUGUGUAUUUCUUUGCUAACCACAAGACCAUUAAGCAUGCCUUUCAUAGUCAUAUAUGAACCAGCAAAGUGCAGUUCUCACCAAAAGAGCCUCUGCUGCUAGAGAAGUUGCGCCCUCUCUUGGUCUUGCUCAGGGCAGAUAUUGGUAGUUUACUGAUUUAGGCACAGUCAAAGUGGAUGUGAUGCCAUGUUGAUACAAAUACAUGCAUCAGAUACAGGUGUUUACUACAUGUAUUAACUGAAACCCAUUUUUCUGCCUCCAUGCAUACAUGUAUUGGUACAUUUCACUGACACGUACAUACCGGGUAGGUUUGCUCUUAAACUGUGCUACGGUACAUGUAUGUGUACAUGUACUUCACAUCACUCCAGAAAUGUCAAAUCAAAACUCAGGCUCUUUGUUCCUCCGUAGAUAAAGUCUGCUUUUCUUGGAAUUUGUCGCACUUCCACAGUACAUGCAAUUAAAUGAACUCUAGACAUGUUACAAAAUUAUAACCACUGAUGCACAUGUCAAAUCACCUGUUGGCAAGCAUAUAACAAUGUUGGAGUAAUUACUGUAUAAACAUAGCAGGGAGUUGUUGAAACAGUAGCUGUGUCUGUUAAUUAAAAAUGGCUUAGCUGCCCUCUGGUUAUUGAUUUACCUUGUUAUUGCCAUGGAAGGAUGGUACAUGGACAUGUACAUAUUUGAAGAUGCCACACUUUGCAUUGUAGUGGUCACUUGUACUUAGCAUGAGUGUUCUUGCUGUAGACCAUUUGCUCUUCAAUAGUGAAGGGCAUUUGCUGUGUGGAUUUCAUGUGCGGCAUUACUGCCUGUUUCUGCUGUAGUACUAAUCUGCAGGAAGAGAAGAGAACAACUCAACUUACUUUCAAAUACCACGCUGGAAAGAUGGUGCCAAGACUCAGGGAACCCAGACAUUUAUAUGCACAGUCCAAAGAUGGAGGAUCUCAGCAGGCCCCCAGGUGGCCAGCAGAUAUGGAGGUGUUACCUGACAGAGUUUGUCACAUUCCCUAUGUGCCAAAGGAACGUGAAAAAUUUUAUCAACCAUCUGGUUAUGAGAAGAUGCCACAACCCUCAGCUGAAGGAGAAGGAAGAGUGGUGUAUUUCUGCCCACCGACCAAGGAAGCUUAUUUUUUGAGGUCAAGGGUCGGAGGAAGCCGGAGUGGUUGUCCAAUGAGGGCAGUGAAGAUCAAAACUCCAGAGGACAUCACACUUAUCUUUGAGUCUCGGUUUGAGAGUGGAAAUCUGAUGAAAGUAACACAAGUGUCUGAGUAUGACUAUGAGCUACAACUUCGUUAUGACUUGUACACCAACAAACACACACAGUGGUUUUACUUCAGAAUACAAAACAUGAGACAAGGCGUUAAGUAUAGAUUCACUAUCACCAACUUCAUGAAGCCUGGCAGCUUGUACAACGAUGGAAUGAGACCGUUGUUAUACUCGGAGAUUGAUGCUCAGAAGAGGAAUGUUGGUUGGAGAAGAGCUGGUGAAGACAUCAAAUACUACAAGAACUAUCUCAAGAGAUCUGAUGGGAAAUGUGAGAGGAAUUUUUACUCGUUAACGUGGACCUGUGUCUUCCCUCAUGAUAACGAUGUUUGUUAUUUUGCUCAUUGCUAUCCAUACACUUACUCAGAUUUACAGGACUACCUACUCAAUCUGUCCAAUGAUCCUGUAUGCAGUAAGUUCUGUAAGCUAAGGAUUCUGUGUCGAUCACUGGCUGGAAAUAUCGUCCACAUAUUAACAAUCACAUCACCUGCCAAAAACCCAGAAGAUGCCAAGAUGAAGAAAGCAGUUGUCUUGACAGCCAGAGUUCAUCCUGGUGAGACUAACUCUAGCUGGAUGAUGAAAGGAUUCCUUGACUUCUUGGUAGGAUCCUCAGCAGAUGCCAAGCUUCUCAGAGACACAUUUGUCUUCAAGAUUGUACCAAUGUUGAACCCUGAUGGUGUCAUCGUUGGUAAUUACCGCUGUUCUCUUGCUGGUCGUGAUCUGAACCGUAACUACAAGAGUGUUCUCAAGGAUUCCUUUCCUUCAGUAUCACACACCAAACUCAUGAUCAAAAAGUUGAUGGAAGAGCGAGAAGUUAGUAUCUACUGUGAUCUCCAUGGUCACAGCAGGAAACAAAAUGUUUUCAUUUAUGGAUGUGAGAACAAAGACAACCCCAAGAGGAGAUUAAGAGAACGCAUCUUUCCUGUCAUAAUGGGACGCAAUGCAGCAGACAAGUUUUCUUAUGACAUCUGCAAGUUCAAAGUUCAGAAGAGCAAGGAAGGGACAGGUCGUGUGGUUGUAUGGCAAAUGGGAAUAAUGAACAGCUACACAAUGGAGGCCACAUUUUGUGGUUCUACUUUAGAUGACAAGUUACAGGGUCAUUUUACUACAGCGGACUAUGAGGCUAUGGGGUAUCACUUCUGCGAUACCAUCCUGGAUUAUUUUGAUCCCAGUGAAUCCAAAUGUGAUCAAAUCUUGUCUGAUCUUGAGGAGAAACUGAGACAACAGAUUCUACGUCAUCUGGAACGGACUGGCUCCCCUCUACCUGCCGAUGGAAUCAUUGACCUCAGUGAAGACUACUCAUCAGCAUUGGAAUCAAGCACGACUGGCUCUGACAGCUCAGUGGAUGAUGGAUUGCCUGUCCAUUUGCUUGCUCUUGCACCAAAGCUAAACAAAAAGAAGAAGUUGAAGACGCGAAAAGAGCGAGACAAAAAGAGGAGUAGCUUAGAGAAAACCAAAGAGAAGGAAGAGGAGAAGAAGCCAUCCACACCAAAGAAGGAUAAUCAGAAGAUGAAGUAUCGUCAUAUGGAUCGCUCCACAUUACACUCUGCUGGUAAGACAAGAUCUGUCGUCAACAAGACAGGAGAUGGGAUGCCGGUAUUUGCUCAGGAAAGAUGUGAAGAGAAGAACAUUAAGAAGACUGAAUACUUGGAAGCUUUGACCAAUGCCUACCUCAUGAGUGGUGUGUUGAAACCAAGUCAAGAUGUUCCAUCAUUCCGCUAUUCUGCAGGCAGUGCUUCAUUGAGUGCCUCAGGUGUUCCCAUGGCUCACAUGGACGGGCUCUGCCCGCAUCAUGAGAAAGCUUUAGCACAGCAGUAUGUAGCCAAUCAGCUGGCUGGAUUACAAUUCACUGCUUCCGCUGAUAACUGGAACCGUUGUCCAGCUGAGCCUGAAACCACCGUAGAAGUUGUCCCUCACGCAAACCUGUCACCAUUCCAACAUAGGAAUUUUAAUAAUCACAUGGUGACAAUGAAUGCACUACAACAGCAACAGAGACCCCUCAAUGAGUACAUAAGACAAGCUGCACAACACAUCAAAACAAGACCCCAGACAGGCAAGAGGUCAAGAAUAGGCUCAGCUAGUCCAAUCAAGACACAUCCCUCUCCGUUUGAUGAACAGUCUGAAGGCUCAAUGGGGCAUCAGAGUACUCCAGAUAUUAUGAAGAGAGGAGCAUCAAUCAGAGACAGUAGAAGUCCCUCAGCUACAACUUUUGCCGUUUAUGAUGGGCGUUCGUAUGGAAGUCUCCUUGGUCAAGAGAGACCUUCCUCAAAGCAGAGUGUACAAGGCUCGUCAGACAGUGUGGUAGAUUCUACUCAACAACCUGUAGCUUCUCCCACUGCCUCUGGUCUCAUAUCUGAGACUGGUAGAGGCUCUAGUGUCAACUCGCCCCAGGUCAACUCGGAGAGCAACUGUUCCAAUCAAAGGACCACAACUCUCAACACAGUGGAAGCCAAAGAUCUAAGCAAAGGGUCAAAGGGUGAGACAGAGAUCCGUAGAUACUGUGUCCCAACUCCUGUAUCAUCUUCAAAGGCCCCUACUUCCUCAAAGAGACAUGAAUCUCCUGUAUCAAAGAUCCAUCGUUGCUCAACGGAAGCUACACCAAUAACAGACACCUCUGCCUUCACACUUCAACAGCGUAACACUAAGAGCUCCCACCACUUUCAUAAGGCCCAGAAUUUCUACUCUGGUUCCUUAGUCGCCCACAAAGCAGAGCAGGGAACAGCAGUCGGACCAUCCCCCUCAAGAACUGAUAAGAAGGGUCAAGAGACUGGUGGCAGCAGUGGGAUAAGGUCAAAGCAGACAGGAUCUCCUGCAGAGAACUCCACUGGUUAUCGUAUGAGUGUUGCCAGUUUGAAGAAAGCUGGUCUCAUUGGGCAGAAUUAUGCAAAUAUGAAUAACAAUGCUGAGGAAACUUUAGCAGAUGGAAACUGUACCACUGAAGACAUAUCUGAGAAUAAGGUUGUAAAGACGGAGGAGGUUGAGAAUAUUCAGCAAAGACAGAGAGUCGUAUCACCAGUCGUAGCAGAAAAGGGAGACAAUGUAUCACUCCACUACAAACAAGAGAUUGGUGGCAAAAGCAAUAGUGAUACAGAAACUGAUUCAGAACUUUGGAAGGAAAUACGGAAACCUAAGACUAAUCGUGAUAAUCUCAGGGUAUCAAAUCUAAAUGAAAAGGAAACACUUCAAAGAACGCAACAGCAGCUGAGAAGGCGGGUCGAAAACAGGGCAAAAUCAGCCAGUCAACGUAGCACCAUGUCAAAUAGAUCAGAACCUAUCAUCUCUGAUAGCAGAUUUUUUGGAUCCAACCAUAGAAACUCAGUCCAGAACUCUGGUAUAGUGGGACGCCCAGUCAUGUCUCAACCAAGCACUCGUCCGUUAUCAAGUAGUAGUUUGAGGUAUACACCCAACUCUGUCAAAAAUGUGAACAGCACUCGACCUACUGUAGACAGUAUGCAGAAAUACAAACCUGCAACGAGUAACGAGGAGACGGCAUAUACUACAGUACCUGUCAAGCCAUUCCCUAAUAGACCUCAAACUCCAGGUGCUACUUCAGUUUCUAUGGGCAACCAGUCAAUGAAGGGACAGCAGCCAAUACGUAGAAACAAUUUAAAGCAUGGCCAGUCAUGGAGUCCGAAGAACCUCUCUCGGGAUCUCUAUGACGAUGACCUCUAUGCUGAAAGGGUUAUCUCUCCACAAAGCACCAACAAGUUUGUCCACGUGCAGCAGUUAGCGUUGCAGAUGCGUGGGUUUGGUAUAGCGCCCUCUAGUGAUCAGGGUGGGGUUUGUGAUGGAGGAAGUAGUUACCAUAUUGUGAUGGAGGGGGCGGAGUCAGUUGAGGCGAAGAAUGGGCAGAAAAACAGUGAGUCUGUUCCUGCUAGACUUCAUUCUGCUAAAAGUAUCCGUUCUCCUUUGAUGCAUGACCCCAAGUCUCAACAUGAUGAUGCCACCCAUGCGAUAGAUAAGCUUGAUGUUGUUGUAGAAUUCCAAGGUGGUUUCCAAGGAAACCAGAAGUCAGCAGCCAUGAUGAGAUAUGCAAGGAAGAAAUGAUAGGUGAUGUGGAGAACUUAUCCCUGUGGCAUGGAAUCGGAUGUAUUUGCUUCAUUGUAUCUAGAGUGUUGACUUGGGCUUUCUCAAUCCACCUGAUGCCCAAACUGAAUAAUGCCAGGCUUGUCAAGUCUGUCAAAUCAUAGAUUUGUCUUGAUUUAGAGCAAGAGGAUUUGAAAUGAAACCUGCACUUAAAGGUUUCCUGUUUCUUAAACUCAAAUCUUAAUAAAAACUGUGUAUGUACAAUGUACAUGCACUUACGAGAGGUGAACAAGGUUAUUCAGAUAUUUUUAUUGGCAAAUGUUGUCUUUCACUUGGAGCUUUUAAACAAAACUAUGCAUUGCGUAGUGAAAAUAGUACAAAGAUGGCAAUGCCUUCUUCUGUUGUAGUCUGCAAUUUAUCGCGUUGAAUGCAGUUGCCUUGUCAUGACAGUGCAGUUAGGGUUCUUUUGCUUAAAAGCAAGCUUUGUCAGUUUCAAAAAACUUGCUUUGGAAACUGCAGUGACAUGUUUUACCUCGUCUUGUUUCUGUUAAUCAUUGUUAAAAUACUGUUUGACUUGCUGUGAAAGAAAUCUAUUGUAAACUUCAAAGUUAUUGUGUCUGUUUAUGUAUAUAAUGAAAAGAAUUAUAAAUUUGUAUAUUUGAGUGGAUAGAUUAUUUUAUUGAAAAAUAUAAGCAGUUCAAGUUUUGAAGUUCAGUCUUAAGUCCAAAUUGGACACAAAUGAAAAAAAGUAGCCCAUUUGUUCCUUUUUACCAGCAACACUGUCAUUCCUUGAAGGACAAAGCCUUUUUCCUUUCAACACUCUGAGGUCAUUAAAGUACACUUGGCUAUUUCUGCUUAUUUCAAAUUAAUGUCAAGCACUAAUUGAUGAAGAGGAACCAAGUUCUGAACUCUCAUUAAAAUUUGAUGUAGAUUUGUUUUAUUUUCAUUCCAAGCAGAAAAGUCUGAUGCAUUGGAAAACUAACCUUCAGUUUGUCCUUAAAAACAUGCGCCCUAUGGUUUAAUAAAAUUUACGUACAUUGUUCGUAAACCGAAAUCCAAAGAUAUGACACCACCCUCCAUCAGUUGGACACUUCAAUGCAUUUUAUUUAGGCACUAUUUAUAUACAGGACGGAAUAUUAAAAAAUGGAUAGUGAACAGGCACAAGUCUAUCAAUUGAUCAGUGAAUAGAUUGACCAACCAAUCAACCAACAGAUCAAUUGAAUAAAUACAUGUUACUCUUGGCAGCCAUAUUGCAGUGUUCAGGAUUUAUACAAAUGUAAUAAAAAUAAAUUUUUUAUCACAGCUGAUGUGUUGUCUAAAGUAAGGAGUAUUGUUUGGUUAUUUUGACCUCUGUAACUAUGUCACAGGUUACAACUUUCUAGUCUUCUGAGAAAAUGUAGACUUUUUACCCCGUUGACAUAUCCUGUGCUUUGUUACCAGAUCACUUAUUUAUGCUAAGAUGAGGGUAUGUACGGCUUAGCCUACCGCAGCUCUUUCUUGCUCAAGAAACUGAAGAUAAUCCAGAUGGCUUACAUUAAAGCAGAACUGAACAGCAUUACUGAUAACUACCAAUACAUUACAGUUAGUGUAACAUAGGCUUAGUACAUAAGUACAGUAUGUUAAGUCUAUUCAAGUGUUUGGGAGCUUCAGGCUGUAGCUGUGGAAGUGUUUCAGACGUGGCGUAUGGAAGAUAAAUUCAUGUGUGUGUAUAGAGCUUUGCAAUACACAUCAAUUCUGCUUUUAAUGGCUUUGUCAAGGAAUUGCAGUCCAUUUUCUUGUACCUUUCUAUAUUUGUUUGUGUUCACAGUAAUAAAUAGUCAUUUUAUUACUUAUAAUUUCCCAUAUUUACACAAAAGUCAUGAAAUUACUGACAAAAGUGAUUAAGAAAAAUGAAUGUCAAUACUUUUUCCGGACAGAUCAUUUUGGGACGGCACAUUUGCUGAUUUAACACUGCAUAUAUACAUAAAUAUUCUACAAUACAAAAUACUAACAAUAC